CAGUCUCCACGACUACGGUCAAGGGAUCCCCGGGCGCUUGCUUGUCUAACGCUUCCAUCUCCGUCUCGAAUUCCUGCGUACUGUCCAAACAGUACGACUGCAGUGAACCUCCCCAAGGAGAUUCGGUGUUGAACAUAGCUGGGUCGAAGAUUUUCUCGAGGGGGAUGAGCUCUGGGGUCGAGAAGUGGAGGGUCACGCGCGGGUUUCUGGCCGCCUCUGCAAUCUCAUCCUCCUGAACCUCGUCGUCCAGAGCAUCGCCGUCAUCUGGCAAGCACUGCAGUGUGCGCAUGAGCCGCUCCACACUGUCUCGUGGGAGAUCCCUGUCGUUCUCCCGAUCUAUCUCCAUCUCUUCGUCAUCACUAUCGGGCUUGUCGAGAACCUUUGUGUCGUUUGUCUCGACCACGAGACGGAGGACCUCAUACCCGGAGUGCCGCUUCUUCCGUUGUAGGUGGGAUGGGUGGGCCUCAUUGAUUCCGCGACGAACAAUGAGGCUUUUGUGUGCGCGUUCUGGAUCAACACCGGAGUUGGCGAUCAUUGCCAAGAUUUGUAAUGCCAUGUGGGCCAGCAACGUUUUCUUCAGGCCAUUCCACACGGAGUGCAUGAAUGCAACCGUGUCCUAGUAUGACCAAGUGAGCACGAGAACUCGUUGAGGGUCAUUGAAUCUGCCGAAAACCUCUGUUCGCCAUCGUAGUAAGCAAGAUACUCUGCGAAGAGUUCCCUUGGGACAUCCUUCCGUUCUUCGAUCUUGAACAGACGCAUAUACACCCGGCGAACAACACCGAAGAGGCCACCUCGGCUCAGUGAAUGCACACUGGAGCUGAAGAAGUGCCCUCGAAGGAAGGGAUUGAGGAAGACAGCAAGAAUGUAGAGGUCUUGGUCCCGCUUGAGUGCCGUCCAUCGUUUACGCAGGCUGCUCGAUAUCGCUUCGUUGUCACUGGUGUAAACAAAGGUGGGAUCGACGCGGUACUGGUGAUCAAGAAGUGCGAGGGUGACGAGAACAUGGUCAAGUCGCGUAUUCGCACUCUGGGUCACAUUGGACGCAAUGGCUAGUGGGUGCAGAUAGCGGUCAACCCUAGUAGCACUUGAGUAACAAUUGGAGCAACUGUUUUGGACGAUCCUACCGUUGAACUCCGC